AUGGUGGUGUCGAAGCUGCCAAAGGACGUAAUACUGCGGCUGGCGGAUUUUCUAACAAACCCGCCCGCCACCAACCGAUAUCAGGAGCUUAAGGCGAAGCUCUUGAAGAUGUUGGAAGAUUCCAAAAACAGGCAAGUAGAGAAGGUCCUCGGGGAAAUGGACCUGGGCGAUCAAAAACCAUCCCAGCUAUUGGCCAAGAUGCGCAACCUGGCUAAGGACAGCUUCCCCGAUGCCACACUGAGAAUAAUGUGGCAGAAUCACCUACCUACGGCAGUGCGCGCAGUUUUGGUAGCAUCCAGGGAGAGCGAUCUUGACACAUUGGCCAACAUCGCCGAUGACGUAUCGGAAGCCACAAGAAUCCCUAACGUAGCAGCAGCGGCAGUACCACAGAGUCAGGCGCACAGAGCCGCAGCGAACACCUCAGGAACCGCAGAUACAGCAGUGAUACUCGCUGAGAUUGCCAAGUUAAGCGUCAGAAUGAUGGACUUGGAACGGGCAAGGCCAAGAGGUCGCAGUUACGGAAGGAGAGGACGCGGAGGUCGUUCAGCGUCCAGACCAAGGAGUACGUCACGCCACCGGAACCAAGCCGAGAGGAGACCAGAUUGGCUUUGUUACUACCAUUUCCGAUUCGGUCCCGCCGCCACCAAAUGUCGCCAACCCUGCGCAUGGGUACUCAACCAACAGGAAAACUAG